AUGCACCCCAUAACUGCCAGGCAGCCUGUCAGCCUGGGAGAAGCCUGCACUGGGCAUCAGGGAAGCCCAGUUCUAAUGUCCCUCUGGGGCCUGAGGGGCUUCCAGCACUCCUCUCCCCUCUCUGAGCCUGUUCCCUCCCCUAUGAAAGCGCACACUCCCUUUCACUGUAACCUGCUGCUGUUUGCCUUCCAGCUGGCUGGCUCAGCCGUCAUUGCUUUUGGACUAUGGUUUCGAUUCGGAGGCACCAUAAAGGAUUUGUCAUCAGAGGACAAGUCCCUAGAGUAUUUCUACAUAGGGCUCUACGUGCUGGUUGGAGCAGGGGCCCUGAUGAUGGCCGUGGGCUUCUUCGGGUGCUGUGGGGCCAUGCGGGAGUCGCAGUGUGUGCUCGGAUCAUUUUUCACCUGCCUACUUGUGAUAUUUGCUGCUGAAGUAACCACUGGAGUAUUUGCUUUUAUAGGCAAGAGUGUAGCUAUACGUCACGUUCAGACCAUGUAUGAAGAGGCUUAUAAUGAUUAUCUUAAAGACAGGACGAAGGGCAAUGGGACUCUCAUUACCUUCCAUGCAACAUUUCAGUGCUGUGGAAAAGAAAGCUCCCUGCAGGUCCAACCCACAUGCCCAAAGGAGCUCCUGGGACACAAGAAUUGCAUUGAUGAGAUUGAGACCGUAAUCAAUGUUAAGCUCCAGCUCAUUGGAAUUGUCGGUAUUGGAAUUGCAGGUCUCACGAUCUUUGGCAUGAUAUUCAGCAUGGUCCUUUGCUGUGCAAUACGAAACUCACGAGACGUGAUAUGAAGUUACUUCUGCGUGAAAAUUGCAAUGUAGAGCUUUUAUACUAAAUGUCACAGGAGCUGUCUUCCAGCUGGUUUUUAAUAUUCAGAGGACGUUCGGAUCUAAAAUAAUUUGCUGUCAAUUGUACUUUUGCACAUGUAUGUAUGUCUGGCUCAGUGCUGGUUUACUCCUGGAGUGAAUGCCUGUGGAUGUUGACUGAGAGCAUAUUCACGUGUGAUCUGUGUGUUUCUGGUAUAUACAUAACUCAGAAUGAAAUCUGUUUGCUGGGAAUUCCUGAUUCUUGUUAUAUAAGAGUAAUAACCUAUUUAACUCCCAGAAAAAGAUCAAAAAGUUUUGAGAAACUUUUAAAAUGUGACUUUUUAGAGAAAGCAGAAUGGGUUAGUUUCUCAGACUCUCUCUUUAGAAAAUUAUAUACAGAGAAUUCAGGGAUUUCUAGUUAAUAGAAGCAAUAAGCUAGAGGAAGUGAGAGAUCACAGUGGAGUGUUAAAAUUGUCUGAGUUCGAUGUAAACGUUUCCUGGGAUUUUUUUUAUAUACAUGCUCUCCCCAGAAUACAGUAAACCACAGUUUUAGAACUAAACACAUCUAUAAAACUAAAUAUAGCAUGGAAAAUCUAAUUUGAAUAAGUCAUGCUUUCCCAGUAUUUCAAAACAAAACAAAACAAAAAAACUUUUCUUUGAAAAGAGUAGUCACUACGACAAUCAUGUGCCCUAAGUAAGUGAAUGUUUUUAGGACUAAAAAAUAUAAAAUAACAACUUUUUAAGGAAAUAUUUUUGUUCUUAUACAAAAAUAUGUAAAUAUUUGCUUUAUUACUUUACUUUUCUGACUCUGCUCUGUACUACUGUUAACCCUCACAUUCUUAAAAGGGCUGUUGUCUCAAACUUCUGUUUUUCUAAAGCUAAGGACAGAAAGACUAAAGCAAGAGAUUCGAUAGCUGCAAAUUGUGGGAAGAAUUUCUCUAGCACUGUACCUUUGAAAUACCUCAUAACUUGAGUUUACGAUUUUCCAAAAUUUUUUAUACUUUUCUUAUUUAUUCACUUAGAUAAUUCUUCAUAAAUUAAAAACUACAGUUUUCACCACUUAAACAAAUUCCCUUAUAAUUCAAAUACUAUGUUUAUCCUUAGCCAAACCAAAAUAAACAAAGAAGAGCAUCUUUUCCUAGGGUAUACACACAACAGAAAAAAGUUGAGGAAAUAAAAAUAAUUAUAUGUACAUACAUGAAUAUGUUCUUUCUGUGCAAAACUCCUAUAAAACAAAAAUUUCAGGGUUAUUUUGGUCUUAAUGAUUGAUUUUAAAUAUAUAAACUCACAUUUAGGGUCUAAGCUGGCAUAUUUGUCAGUGAUUUUUCAAAGCUUUUAUAAUCUUCUUUUUUAGAUAGGGUCUUGCUCUGUCACAGUCCUCCUGCCUCAGCCUUCCAGGUGUCUGAGAUCCCAGGUGCAUGCCACCACCACCUGGCUGUUUCAGGCAGGGCCUCAUUAUGUUGCCCAGGCCAGCCUCAAGCUCACAGUCAUCCUGCCACAACCUCCCUCUGUCACUAGGAUUCCAGAUGUGCCAGCUUUCUUAGUCGUUAGGCUGAAAGGAUUCAAACACCCAGGUCUCCCAAUAGCCUCUCAGCAGCUCAUGCCACCACAACUAGGCCCAUCAGUCAUUUUUAACUUGUAAUAUUUUAUAAAUCAUGGAUUUUAAAAAAUUACAUUGUAAAAGACCACACAAAAGUGAAAAUAUAGGGGACUUUAGGGACCCCCCCAAGUGAGCAUCUUAUACACCUGAGAAAGCAAGUCUUUGAGUACACACUAAAGGAAACUAUCAUGCUUCCAAGAAAUGUUUACAAAACAUUUUGCUGAAAAGCCAUAACUGCUUGAAUAAUCUCACUAACAUAAAGAACCAUGUUUCUCUUUCUGCCACACUUACUACUGCUAUCAUUGGAUAAAACAUAUCUAGGAAAAAAAGGUAGAUUGGAAGGGACUACACACAGUCGUGUGUGGCAAUUUUGCUGUGUUUGUAAGUAAAGAAAAGAUUAUUUUAAGAAAAUUAUUUCAUAAAAUAGAUGUCUGUAUCCCAGUAGUUGAGAAAUGGAAUAAACAAAGAAUAGUCUCUCUUAGCAGCUUUAGUUCAACUGUCCACUUGAAGACAGGAAACAGGCCUAAGUGCAUACUCAGAAUCCUUCCAGCCCAGAAUCAUCUCUGAUCACACAAAAGUGAGUUUCAUUCCUAUCUGAAUUAACAGCCUUAAGAAAGACUACAAGAUUUUAAAAAAUAAGAGUAGAAAUAAAUUAUUUUUAACAUUUUUUAAAAAGUAAUCUUUUUUUCCUCCUCAAGAGAGACAGAGACAGUGAGAGAGAAUCCUAACAGAGUCUUCACACCAUGAUCCACUCCUAAAUCCAGUCAUGUACCCAGCAUGCGAAGGGAGGUCCCCAGAUUUGAACUGAGGACCUUUACUAGGUCCAGCUGAGUUACUGCUGAAUCACUACCUGGCACCCAAAAUAAAUUAUUUCUUAUUUUUUUAAUUAAAAAAUAUAAGAGUAGAGAUCCGUCCAUAUAUAACUGAUGUGCCCCUUUUGGGGACAAGCUAGCUUUCCAAAACAUGUGCCAUGAAUAAAAUUAGAGAAUUCCACCAUGGAGUAAGAGUAGAUUUUAUUUAUAUUUAUAUAUCUAUACACACACAUAAAAAUAAAUAUAUAGGUAGAGAUAUGUAUGUGUGUGUGAAUAGAUAUAGUCAUAUCUAUACAUAGAAACUCAUAUAUUCCCUGUAUAUCUUGAAUCUAUAUAUAUAUAUCUUGAAUCUAUAUCUUUUGAAAUAUGUAUACAUGUAUGUGUGAAUGUAUAAAUGUGUGUGUAUAUAUAUGUUUGCACACACUUCUACAUUUUCAAUUACUUGUUUACCUGAACUAACUUGAGAUUAGACCCACACAUUUUCUUAAGUUUCCAGUGCCAAGGCACUGAAUCAAGACUUCCUAAUGAUGAAGUAUUUUAAGUUAUUUCAAAUUAAAUUUUCUAUGUACUGCAAAUUGCUUGUUUGAUUUAUCUUAAAGUCAUCUUAUUGUAUCUUUCUACACAUCUUCAAACAGCCAACCUAACUGUCCAACUGAUCAACUCAAAGAAUAUGGUGAAAAAUUAGUGGUAACCCUUCUAUAAUGUUAGUAUUGGGAGGAUGUCUUAAAAGCAAUACACUAAGGAUUUUCAUUGCAUAUACUUGUAUUUUAAUUACUGUUUUUUAUCUGAAUUUAUCUGUUUUCUCCAGAAUAGUUCCUUUGUUAUGUGGGAUUCGAUCUGUAAAAUUGCACAGGGAUGCAGGGUCCAGUGUGGUCCCACACACAGUCAGCAACAGUAGUCACUCUCCUUUCCUCAUCAGCAGUGCUAACAGGUUUGGUUAAGUUUCAGUGGGGCUGGUAGGAAGAUGGCAUUGAAGAAGACAACAUGAUUUCCUUCCUGAAAUAAGUUUAUUAAAGAUUAAAAGAAAGAGAUGCUCUCCUGUUUUUGGUAAGAUAUGGUUUUCAUGACCCCAACAGCCUCCACUGGGGCCUCAGUAGAUGUAUCACACCCCUUCUUUCCUGGUUCUCAGCCCACUUUGACAUUCUUUGACCACCAGUUCCUCAAUUUCAGCAACUCCAGGUUCCCCACCCCUAAGAGGAAGCACUUAUGGGUCCUUAAAGCUACUAGAUUAAAUGCAUCAUCUUAGUUUAUACUCAUCAAAAUCAAAUUUGUGUUAAGGUAUAUUUUUAAAAGAACAGAGGUUUUUACUUUCUUUCAAUAUGGCUUCAUUUUUUAUUAUAAAAUGUACCUGUAAAAUAUUAGAUAUAUUAUAAUAGGUGUCCUUGGAAGAUAAAAAGACUAUACCAAUGCA